AUGGCACUACGUUUGAACAUUGGUAUUGACGUGGCACGUGGUAUGCGUUAUUUGCACGAGCUCGCUGCACGCCCAGUAAUCCAUCGCGAUCUUAAUUCGCAUAAUAUCCUGUUGCAUGAAGAUGGCCAUGCGGUUGUGGCAGAUUUCGGUGAAUCACGUUUUAUGGCACAACACGAUGAUGAAAAUAUGACAAAGCAACCGGGAAAUCUGCGAUGGAUGGCGCCGGAAAUCUUCACUCAAUGCGGACGAUAUGACCGUAAAGCUGACGUGUUUAGUUUUGCGCUAUGUAUUUGGGAGCUUCACGCCGCGGAAUUACCGUUCGCUCAUUUGAAACCAGCAGCCGCAGCUGCCGAAAUGGCCUAUAAAAGAGGUGAUCAAUAA